UUUGUUUCUUCACAGUUUUGAGGUUAUGUGUACAAAUGAAUAUUACUAAAAAGUAUCAUAACCAAUUAAAUUAAACAUGUCAUUAAUUUCCUUGGCUUCAAUUAUACUGAAGAGAGGUGCGACUUACCGAACAUUAUUACCAUGUCGAGACUGUAUCAAAAUAAAUGCACCAUUCAGCUCGGUUGCAACAAAAUCUGUGCAUGAAGUUAAUACCAACGUUGUAAAAGACGUUAUUCUGUACAAAUACGAGAACCCUAAAUAUUUUAAGUACAUGAACGUGUUUGCAGUAGUGCAGUACAUGUUUUGGAUGUAUUUAGGAACGUUCGCGUUCACAUCGCUGAAGGAUGCACCUGUUGACCGCUCGAAGAUAACAGACGACACACCGUGGUAUAGAAGGAUAAAUCUUGGUGAUAAUAAGUACAGGAAUACGCUUGGUGGCGUAGCUGUGCUAGUCGGCACAGGGUCCCUAGCAAUGAUAUGGAUGUACACCCUAAAGUCAGUCCGCUACCUCGUCCUACACAAGGGAGGCAAACAUCUAUCCUUCGUAACCUAUGCUCCAUUCGGAAACAACCACAUCAUGAAGGUACCCAUAGAGAACGUCUGUUGCAAGGAGGCUAGGAAGAAUGCUAGGGUUCAACUACCUUUGAAGGUGAAAAAUACCUGGAUGCAUUAUAUGCUAGAUAUGAAAGGAGAGUUCAAGAACCCCAUCUUGUUCGAUGCUACAGCUGGAUUGGCUAGGAAAUGGUAAUUUUGGUACCAUUUAUGUGAGUUUUUUUUAUGGACUUAUGGAUCACUCGUGUAGAUUUCACAGAACAGAACAUGUACAUACAUAUGAAGACCCACAAAGUAGAGUGGAGAAAACUAAUAUGAACGUUAUCUUUGUCGAUUGGCGCUUACGCCAUUAUUAACGAUGCUCCGAUAUGAAUACAAUGCCGCGCGACGCUGUGCGGCGUAUGCGCCAUCGACAAUAAGGUCCCUUUUCAUAGAUAAUGCCCCAUAUAUAUAAUAAUGACUUUUAUCCUGUUUUGAC